AUGACAAACGCGACCAGGCGAGAAAAUGUUCCGCGCGUUUAGCUUUUUUUCCUUUUUGCUCUUUAUUGGUCUCGUCCAUGGUGAGAUCAAGAACAAGGGAUGGUGGAAAAACGCAGUAUUCUACCAAAUCUAUCCACGAAGUUUUAUGGAUUCGAAUGAUGAUGGAGUCGGUGAUCUAAAAGGUAUUACAUCGAAAUUGGAACACUUCGUCGACUCUGGAGUUCAAGGAAUAUGGCUUUCACCUAUUUAUGCGAGUCCAAUGGUUGAUUUUGGUUACGAUAUAUCAGAUUUCAAAGCCAUACAUCCAGAGUUUGGUACGAUGGAGAAUUUUGAAGCAUUGUUAGAAAAAUCGAAACGACUUGGAUUAAAAGUAAUUCUCGAUCUCGUACCAAAUCAUACAUCCGACAAGCACGAGUGGUUUCAAAAGUUUCUCACAGGGGAGAAGAAAUAUAAGGAUUAUUAUAUUUGGAGGAAGGGACGAAAGGAUGAUGGUGUGACACCACCGAAUAAUUGGAUCAGUGUGUUCAGUGGUCCUGCCUGGACGUACAAUGCAACGUUGAAGGAAUGGUAUUUCCAUCAAUUCGAGUACAGACAACCAGACUUAAAUUACAGUAAUCCAGUAGUGCGAGCUGAAAUGGAAGACGUCAUUCUAUUUUGGUUACGUAAAGGCAUAGAUGGUUUUCGAAUAGAUGCCGUUCCACAUCUCUUCGAAAGAGAAGAUCUCCAUGAUGAACCCAGAAGUUCCGAUCCAAAUGCUACCGAUCGUGAUUACACUUAUUUGGAUCACAUUUAUACCAAAGACGAUCCACGAACCUAUGAACUUGUAAAAAGCUGGAGAAAGAUUCUUGAUGAUUAUUCCGAUGCCAAUAACGAGGAUGAGAAGGUGAUGAUGACUGAAGCUUACACUUCUCUAGAAAAUACUACGAAGUAUUAUCAGUACGGUUCUCACAUACCAUUCAACUUCAAACUGAUCACCGACGUGAAUCAUAAUUCGAGUGCGUCAGAUUUUAAAAGAACCAUCGAGGCAUGGAUGGCACAAACUCCAAGCACUGGAAGUGCCAAUUGGGUGUUAGGAAAUCACGAUCGAAGUCGUACCGCGUCACGAUAUCCAAAAAGGGAAUCGCAAAUGAUUAUGCUACCAAUGAUCUUGCCUGGUGUUGCGGUAACCUAUUAUGGUGAAGAAAUUGGAAUGAUUGAUAAGAGUGAUAUAUCUUGGGAGGAUACACAAGAUCCACAAGCUUGUAACGCCGGAAAGGAUAAAUAUCGAAGUCGAUCUCGCGAUCCUAAUCGCACACCUUUCCAAUGGGACAGUAGUAAGAAUGCUGGAUUCAGCAAAGGUAAUCGAACAUGGCUUCCGGUUCAUGAAAAUUAUAAAUUAUUGAAUUUGGAAAAUCAAAAGAACACGACACAACAGUCACUUUAUAAGAUUUAUCGAUCUUUAAUUCAAUUACGCAAUUCAUCGCGUGCCCUUCAGGAAGGAGAAUUGAAAAUGAAAGUGGUGAAACUCAAAACGGAUUAUUGUUACAAUUGUGAAUUCUUAGCUAUCAGUCGAGAAGUUCCUGGGGAGACAGUGGCUCUCUUCAUGAGUUUCUCUCCAGUGAUAAACCUUCCCGUAAACUUAAAAAAGCACAUGACACUUUACAAUUAUACAUACGUCGAAAUCGAUAGACAUCAUACUACGAGAUAUAAACCGUAUUUUAACCAAGUAAAUCUUCCACCCUGGGAAGGAGCAGUCGUAUCAUCUAGCAAUUAGAUUUACAAUUAACACAUUGUAAAACGAUUUGGGAAUAUAAUGGAGAAGUUUGCAUAAUUACUUGUAAUUUUAAUGAUGUAAUAUUAUAUCAUUGAUUAUUAUCAGUAUAUUUUGUAUGUGUAUAUUGUAAUGUACGUUUCGAUUUUGAUCUUUAUUUUCCUUUAUAUACUUGAGUUCGUACUUCCAUCUCUAUAUUUUUAUAAAUCUUAUUAUAUCCAUGGUAGUUUAUCUUUCGUUCGACAAGAAUAGCAAUUUAUUAUACAGGAUGAUCAACUUAUUCCGAAGCAACGAUGAUUUAUAUAAAUUAUUUAUGAUUAAGUACCUUCGAAACAUUUUCGAAAUGAAUUGUGCCAAAUUUAUGUAUAUAUGGUUAUUGAAAAAUAAAAUGAUUUAAAUACCCUGA